GCGUCGAGAUUUACGGUCUCCGUUUGUGCAGAGGAUGCAGCCGAUCAAAUCGUUCUACCUGUUCUCGAAGCUGUUCGGGCUGUGCCCGUACCCGCUCGAUCCGACCGUACCGGUCAACACGCGGGCCAGCUACGUGAAGCAGCUGCUGCCAACGUACACGGUGCUGCUGCUGUACUCUUCCUGCCUGGUGAGCAUCUUCUGGCAGAGUGGCAACACGUCCGACAUUUCCAACGCCGCUAAUUGGAUACAGUUCAUACCCAACUCAUUCGCGUACGUCUUUUCGCUCGUCUUUGCCAUCCGGCAUCGCACGAUGGCGAACGAAAUUUUGACCACCUUCGCCAUUGCCGACGAUAAGCUGCGAACGCAGUUUGGCAUUUCCUUCACGAUGCCAAACGUCAAAAUGAGACGCGUAUCCAUCCUGGCUUGCAUCGUCACCAUGACCUGCGGCAGUACCAUCGGGGCGCUCACUUAUUUGAUCGGAGUUAAUUGGAAUCGUAUAUGGACGUUGCUUUAUUGGAUCGCCUUCUGUAUGCCAAAGUUUGGAUUGCUUCUGUUCAGUUUCCAGUUCGCCGGCUGUAUCCUGUACCUGUCGGACCGGGCCAUGCUGCUGCUGAGAGGCAUGAACAAUUUUCCGGUCGGUGUGGAAAACCUCGCCCUGCAGCCGCAAACCCACGGCCACGGACCGCAGUACAAAACGCUCAACAUGGCGAUGGGCGGCAACCAUCUGCCGAGCAUGCACGAGGGCAAGCUGAACCGGCUGACCACGCUCGCGACCAUCAAGAUCCGCGCCAUCAGCCCGCUCGACUCGAUCCAGCACAUCCGCGAGGUGGUCGAGCUGCUGCAGGACCUGUCGGUCAAGAUAAACCACUGCUUCGGCAAGCAGGCCAUCUUCUCGCUGCUGUCCGCGUUCACCUGCGUCACGGUGCAGCUGUACUACAUGCUGAACCACAUCAAGUCCGGCUUCACCGCGUCCCGGUCCGAGAUCUAUGCGCUCGCGUCCUGCAGCCUGCUGUUUCUGCACGGCAUCGAGUUUUGGUCGCUGUUUACCAGCGGCGAGAACGUGCGGCUCAAGUGGAAAAAGGUGAUCAAUUUCCUGUUCUUCAUGAAGUCCAAAUCGGCCGACGAUGACUUUCGCACCAAGGUGGACGAUCUGAUUUCGUUCAUGGUGACGAAUCCGCUCGAGUUCAAUGCGUACGGUCUGUUUCCCAUCGAUCUGUCGGUACUGACGGGGAUUGCUUCCUCCAUCACAACGUACCUGAUCGUGCUGAUACAGUUCAAAAUAUCCGAGGAGCAGUCCAGCGGCUAUGACGAUGAUUCGGACGAGAAAAGUCAGAUUCAGUAUUCAGCACACUAGCGGAGUAACUGCACGGUGGAAGUGCGCUGUUGGUGCGAUUGGAACUAUUGGCGGAUGGGAUGAUACCGUGCCCGGGACUGUGAGUUCGCUCGUUGUCGCCUGAGAGCGUUGUGGAAGGUCGCCAUGGUUUUUGUGCCAUUUACCUGGAUCUCGAUGCAUGAGCUCCAAUGCCCGAUAAAGCUUCAGUUAGAAUAUUAUUUGUUUCAUUGGGAAUCACAUGAAUGCUCGCAUCAAUUUAAUUUGACAGGAUUUCUAUUUGAAGUUUCAGGAAGCUUUAUUGCCUAUUUGUCGCAUCCAUAGCCUUCUCUCUUAUCGAUAAUAUAAGUUCAAUUUGUCACCUAGUAAUAUGUAUUUUAAACAUUUUAAUUAAAAUUUCAAUAACAAAGUAGAUCAAAGGAAUGUUUUGAGAUUAUUUUGUAUGUUUCUAUGAGUUUGUAGACUGUUUCAAUAGUUUGAGUAGGUAAAUCAUACAAAUUUUUUUUAACAUGAUUUUUUUCAUUGAGUCGGAUUAACUGAACAAAUACAGGCGUCCCCCGAGUUACGACCCCCUCGAGUUACGACGAUUCG